AGAAGGGAAGAAUAUAAUCGCGCGCAAUGAGUACGCAAGGUUCUUCCGUAAAGUUGAAAGAGCUGCGUCUACCGAUCUCGAGGGUAAAGACAAUUAUGAAGAGUUCGCCUAGUGUCGAUACCGUCGGCCAGGACGGUUUGUAUUUGGUCACAAAAGCUACGGAACUGUUCAUACAUUACCUGUCAGAGGAAGCACACAUGCAAAGCAACAAGGGAUCCUCUUUGGAUUACAAACACUUGGCAGAGGUGGUACAGACCAACGACACGCUGGAGUUUCUGCGAGAAAUAAUGCCUAGGAAGAUCACGGUUCGGCAAUUCAAGGAAAUGAUGGCGGCCAAAGAACCGUCCAGCAGUUCUUCUGAGAGCAGUUCUGAUUCAGACAGCGACAGUGACUCUGACACGGACUCCUGUUCAGAUAGCGAUGAAACAAAGGGAGAUAAUAGGAACUCGUCGAGCAGUGAACAAGAGAGUGAAACCAAGGAGAACGGCGCUUGUCAUUCAGACAGUGACAAAAGUGAAAGUAGUGUGAAAAGUGACAGUGAGGAGAACAAUAAGAGAUGAAUUUGUAGAUUUCUGCUUCCAACAGACUUAGAUUAUUUAACAAAUUUUGGUUUAUCCGGUAUUUUUUUAUAAACUGUUGUAGAGCAACAAGGUUUAUCUAGUAUCAAGACUAUGCGUCUUUAUUGUAAAACAAAUAAACGUAGCCAAAUGACGCAAAAUUUAUAAUGUAAUAGAUCAUGAGAAUUUAUUGGAAAAAAUAUUUUUAUAUGCUCAUGAAUCGAUGAAAGUACACUCUUAAGGGAAUCCUAAAGCAAAGCUCGAACUCUGACAAAAUCACUAGAUGUUGAUCUAUUUUUCCAGUGCAUCGAUAUAUCUUUGUAUACUACCACACCAAUAUCUUACGCAACCUAUGAUACAUUCAGGCUACAGUCCACUUGAUGCUACAAACGCUUUAAAGCAUUCUUUGAUUAGUCAAUUCGUAAAAUUCUUUGUUCUGAUUGAUCGUGCAAACUACGUGUUUGUGGAUCACCAUUUUGUAAGUACAGAUUACAAAACUUUUGUAUCAAGCAAAUGUUAUCAUAACUUGACAGCUUGAGAUGCCAUGUCACACUAAGAAAUGGUAAAAAAUAUAUCAAUUUCGAAAUUUUUGGUCGUUCUCGGCACAAAUUCCACCUCACACGUAUUAAUGCGUAUAU